GUCCCGGCUGCCCAGCCCGCAGGUCGCGUUCCUCCGCGCGGCUCCCCGCUUCCGGCCCCGCGCGACGCCCGCCCCCUCCACCUUCCGCCCGACGCGGGUUUCUGCGUGACGGUCGCGGCGUCUCAGCGUCUCGUGGCCUCUGCGGCGCCCGAGCCCGCAAUGUCGGGCCCCAAUAUGGGCAUGCCGUUGCUGCCGAGCACGGAAGACGAGGAAGACAGCUUCGGGGAUGCAGAAUACGCUGCCAUCAACUCCAUGUUGGACCAGAUCAACACCUGCCUGGACCACCUGGAGGAGCAGAACGACCACCUCCACGCCCGCCUCCAGGAGCUGCUGGAGUCCAACCGGCAGACGCGCCUGGAGUUCCAGCAGCAGCUAGGGGAGGACCUCGAUGACGACGAGGAUGACGAUGACGACGAAUACUACUACGACGCCUACGACGCCAUCUACGAGGACGACGCCGGUGCCUAGGCUCCUCGCAGGCCCGCCCCCUGCCCCUCGGGGCGGGGCUCCGGCCUGGGCACUCACCACCUGAUUCAGAUGCCUUCUCAAGGGCUGGCCCCAGGUCCCCCGGCGGCUCUGCCUGCCUGAGCCACUCUCAGACCCUCCCUCGUGCGCAGGCACCUCCCCCGCCCCGCCUUCCCUCCCCCCUUGCCUGCCUGUCCCACCCCUGGGCACUCUCCCUCUGCCCAGGCCUCCAAUGUCCACAUUAAACGUGUCUCCA